AUGCUGCGGCCGCGCCGUGCCCGCGCCCGGUCCGUGGCGGGACAGGGCGGCGAGGCGGGGGGCGGGCAGAUAAAGAGCGGCGGCGGCGCGAGGGCGGGCGGGCAGCGCCCUCACCGCCGCCCCCCGGGGGCGGCGCGCAGCCGGCGGGGGGGAGCCGGCGCGGCCGGGAGCCGGGCGCCGCGGGAGAGGAGUGCAGAGCGCCCGCCGCGCCGCCCGCCCGCCCCGCGCGAUGCUGCCGGGGCACGGCCGCGCCGCGGCCCAUCACGUCAGGCGCGGAGCCCCCUCCCGCCCGCCCCCCCGAUUGGUCGGCGGGCAGGGCCGCCCGGCUCUGUUUACCUUCUCCCCCCGCCGCUCGCGGGCGCCUUUUGGCGGGGGGUGUGUCCGCCCGCCGCGCGCCCCGCCAAUCGCCGCGCUCCCUGCGCAGGCCGCGUGCUACUCCGGGCGCCCCGCCGCGCCCGCUUAAAAGGGCGAUGCCAAGAGAGGGACGGAGGGACGGCGGCGGCGGCGGCCCCGCGGGGCAGCGGGCGCGUCGAAUACCCCGGGAGGUCGCUGUCCGGGCCGGCGGGGCGGGCGGGGGGCGCGUGUCGGGGCGGGGGGGGGCGGCUCGGAGGGGCCCGCCCAGCGCCUCGCGGGUUAAGUGUCUCGCCGGGAGCCCUGCCGUCCCAGCAACCGGCCGGCCAAUGGAAAGUGCGCCGGCUGAUGUCACUGCCCUGCCCGCCGCCAAUCCGCGCCGCGCUCCGAGGGGUGCGCAGAGCCCGCACGGCCGCCGGGCCCCGCCCCGCCCCGCGCCCGGACCGGGGCAGCCCCCGGCUGCGGCCGUCCGCGGCGAGGUCCUGGUGGCGGACCCUCAGGGGGCAGCGACGCCGCCGCGCGGCCGGAGAUCAGUGGGGCAAUGCGAGAGCCGGCACGGAGAAGGCCUACAGGCCCGGCAGCACUGCCAGCCGCCCUCUGAUCGAGCGCAGCAGGCCUCAGGCCCAGGGCUGUGAGGGAGAGGCCUGGGAUCCAGCUGCUGGCAAUGCACUGCGGCUCAGCCUUCUCGUGGUGCCCUCCCUGCCCCGGGCCAGGGGCUGCCUUGACGGUCGGUGUUUCCCUGCAUCUCUCACUGCUGGUCAGUGCCCGUGUGCCGAGCGUGUCAAGUUCACGUGUGAGAAGCUGGCCUGAGGCUAGCCAGGUACGCACACCUGCUGCUGCAGCGAGGGCUGGGCUGAGGGCAGCGCCGCUGAAUUGGUGCCAUGAAGCAGGAGUGUGGGCUGGGGGCUUGCUUUGGCCAUGGCUGGGCUGAGGGAUGCCAUCCCGUGUGGUUCAGCAGUUGACGCUGCCUCUACAAAGCCAUCCAAACCCCUUCCUCCACAGCUUUCUCAGGGCUUGUGCUCCUCUGCAGCACCCAGGCUGGGGCUGAGGGGGCUCCUUCGUGCCCAGCAGCCCCCACAUCGUGGCUGCAAUGGGACAGUCAGCACCUUUGUCCUGCAGCCCUCU